ACGAGCCGCUGCCGCGUCGCUUCCAGCCGAACACCUUCAGCUUCUCCGCGGCGGUCCGGUUUGGCCCGACUCGACUCGGUGAGGCGAAGGCUUCCUCUCCGCUCCCUCUCUGCGGGGAAACACACUUGUCGCAGCGGGCUGAUCUCCGUGAGAUCAGCUCGGGCACCGGAAGACUCCGGCGGACAGACCCGGAGCAGAGCAUGCCUGCGGCGGAUCAGUGGCAGCUCCGUGUCCGGCUGUGGCGCGCGGGAUCCUCCUGAUGCCUCGACUUGUUGCUGCUGGAGGAGACACGCGCUGAGGAGAAGAACACGGUGGCACCGCGGGGAGAUAACACACCUACAAACCGGAUUUAACGGAUUUUAGGAGUUUUUUUCUGUGUGGAGUUAGUUUGGAUUCUUCUUCCUGUCUCGCUGCCUCCACGCACACGGUCACGGACUGGUGAGGACACGCUCACAUGUGGAUUAGUUCGUUUUUACUCAUUAAUUUCGUGCGUAAAAAUCAUCUUGUUUUCCAGGAGAAACUCUGCUGAUUGUUUCCAGAUGCGCGCGCGCCGCUCCGUGGCUCCGUGAAUCUUCCUCUGACGAGCCUCCACGAGCAGCAUGGCAGCAGGAGUGGCGGCGUGGCUGCCGUUCGCCCGCGCGGCGGCCAUCGGCUGGAUGCCGGUGGCCAGCACGCCCAUGCCGGCUCCCCCGAAGGAGCAGCAGCGCGGGCACGCCGGGCUGAUCGUGCUCAACGUGAGCGGCACAAAGUUUCAGACGUGGCGGGACACGCUGGAGCGGUACCCGGACACCCUGCUGGGCAGCACAGAGCGGGACUUCUUCUUCCACGAGGAGACCAACGAGUACUUCUUCGACCGCGACCCGGACAUCUUCCGCCACAUCCUUAACUUCUACCGCACCGGGAAGCUGCACUACCCGCGGCAGGAGUGCAUCUCCGCGUACGACGAGGAGCUGGCGUUCUUCGGCAUCAUCCCGGAGAUCAUCGGGGACUGCUGCUACGAGGACUACAAGGACCGGCGGCGGGAGAACCAGGAGCGGAUCCAGGACGACGAGGAGAUGGACCCGACCAACGACCUGGUGCUGCCGGACAUGAGCUUCCGGGAGACCAUGUGGCGCGCCUUUGAGAACCCGCACACCUCCACCAUGGCGCUGGUCUUCUACUACGUCACCGGCUUCUUCAUCGCGGUGUCGGUGAUGGCCAACGUGGUGGAGACGGUCCCGUGCGGCACCGCGCCGAACCGCGUCAAGGAGAUCUCGUGCGGCGAGAGGUACGCGCUGGCCUUCUUCUGCCUGGACACCGCGUGCGUCAUGAUCUUCACGGUGGAGUACCUGCUGCGCCUGCUCGCCGCGCCGAGCCGCUACAAGUUCGUCAAGAGCGUCAUGAGCAUCAUCGACGUGGUGGCCAUCAUGCCCUACUACAUCGGCCUCGUCAUGACCGACAAUGAGGACGUGAGCGGCGCCUUCGUCACCCUGCGCGUCUUCAGGGUUUUUCGGAUUUUCAAGUUCUCGCGGCACUCCGCGGGACUUCGCAUCCUGGGCUACACGCUGAAGAGCUGCGCGUCAGAGCUCGGCUUCCUGCUCUUCUCCCUCACCAUGGCCAUCAUCAUCUUCGCCACCGUCAUGUUCUACGCCGAGAAGGGAUCCAGCGCGAGCAAGUUCACCAGCAUCCCGGCGGCCUUCUGGUACACCAUCGUCACCAUGACAACACUCGGAUAUGGCGACAUGGUCCCAAAGACCAUCAUGGGGAAGAUCUUUGGUUCCAUCUGCUCUCUGAGUGGCGUGUUAGUCAUCGCCCUGCCCGUCCCCGUCAUUGUCUCCAACUUCAGCCGAAUCUACCACCAGAGCCAGAGAGCCGAGAAGAGGCGAGCGCAGAAGAAAACCAGGCUUGCUAGAAUUCGUGCGGUGAAGAACGGAGUGGCUAACGCUUAUUUGCAGUACAAACAGAGCCGGCUGCUGAUUGGCCCAGACCAGGAGGCGUCCAAGGAAGCAGGACAGGCGCUAGUGUGUAAGGCCAACCCCACCUUCGACCUGCACCACAACCACCUUCUGCACUGUCUGGAGAAGACCACGAACCACGAGUUUGUGGAUGAGAAGACAUAUGAGACGGGCUGCAGGGAGGUAACUCUAGUGAAGCAGGUGUCUCGCUCUUCUUCCAUCUCCUCUUCUUCACAACACGGCUUCAGUUCCUGUUGCGCUCGCCGGAAGAGGAAGACCUUCAAUGUCCCCAACUCCAACAUGUCUGUGGGUCUUCAUGGCAGCGUCCAGGAGCUGAGCACCAUCCAGAUCAGAGAGAGGCCGCUCACCAACAGUCGAUCCAGUCUCAACGCCAAAUUCGAGGAGACCGUUCCUCUUAACUGUGACCAGUCAUACAUCACCGCCGCCGUCAUCAGCACGCACACGCCACCUGGCACCACACCCGAAGGAAAUGAAUCAUCCAGCUCCACCGACUACUCCCAGGCCAACAUUGUCCGGGUGUCCGCACUCUAGAUGACAACUUCCCCUCCAAUAUGGAAACACAACCCACCCAGCAGAGGACGACGGGGGUCAGGCAUCAGGGGGUCGGGAGUCGAUGGCCCCGCACCACCACAGACUCAGAGGGCAGGGGUUUGGAUCAUGUGAUCACGAUGGAAAUGGGGUUAGCUUGAAUAUUUCAAACCUCUCUCGGAGGAAACGUCAUUCUGUACGCACUAAAACUCAGCUAACCUGCCUCGGAGUGCAUUUCUUUCUUUUGUCUUAUAGGACGGAUUUUUAUUCCAGCAGCCAAAUGUUGGAGAGGAGGAAACGGUAGCACUUUGGCUGAAGACUGAUCUCUACGUGAAGAAAUUUGUUUCCACUGCUAUUUUUCCAGUCAUGUCUUUAAAUUUGAUGUCUUAAAACACAAAGAGAGCUGACACUAACGUAGAGUUCUUUUCUUAAGUCCGAACGCAGUUUAAAGGAAAUGUCUGAUAUUUUGGGAACAACACUGUGAACUAUCUUACCACAGCUACAUGAGGAAAUAGCUUAGCUUACCUUAGCUUAGCUUAGCACAGAGACUGAGAGCGGGGGGAAACUGUUAAACUAGCUGCAUCAGAAGAGAAAAAAAUAACCUUUAAACAUAUCCGUGUGACUUACACGUUGUAUCAUGUUAGCUAUCAAGCUAGUCACCCAUCGAUUUAAGAGUCAGCUAGUUGACUGUAACUGUUGACGGUUAGAAGCUAACGCUGAACUAGCUGGAGCUUAAAGCUAACUUGUUUCAUGGAGUUUGUCUUAAACUUGUGAUAACCUCCAUGAAGAAAAAAUACAGUUAUGUCAUGACAUUAAGAAACAGAUUCCUCAGUGUCGACUGGUUUUGAGUUCAGCUAACAGUCUUCCAAAGAACCUAAAACCACACCGUCUCACUUCCUGUUUCUACCUGUGUGAAAUAAACAAGAAACAACAUGUUAAGUCAGAUCAUUUCCAAAUUGUAUUUUUUUCUCUUAACGUUAAUGUUCACUUAGCUAGGCUAGCAGUUUGCCAUCUGUCUCAUAUUAGCCUUGAUUCAGGAUGAGUCCGACAUUGAAGUUAACGUCACCCUGGUUCCCUCGUCGAAAAGCCAAUAUUGGAUUUUGGAUUAUUGCAGGAAAAAAAAAACAUUUCUGAUCCUUCCAGGUUUUGUUCAGUGAGAUAAUCUUCACUAAUAAACACCACUUUAUGAUUAUUGAAGAAUAAAUUCAAUCAGCAGAAGUAAGAAGCUAACGUUAGGCUGUAAACAAACUACACCACGCUCACAUGACUCAAUGUCACAGACACAAUAAGACUGUAAAGUCGUGUUCGGAGUUGUGACGUUCUGUAGUCUCAUGUAGACACUUUUAAGCAACCAUCUUAUAGAUGCAUCAAGAUUCACAGUGGGGUAUUUACCAUUCUCGGAACCCAUUGGCUGUAUUCGGCAUCUGACUUCUGGCAGACGGCGAAUAC